CCCUCGCUUGACCACUCGCCGCCCCUCGCCACCGCAGACCAGCAUAUCUGUCUCCCCUCAUCUCCUCCGCUCUCUCCCCGAGCCCUCGCCAGAGACUGCCCAGCCUCCAAAGCCCGCCUUCGAAUAUGUCCGCCUCCCAAACCAAGCCGUACAAGUGUUUGACCCACGGCUCCGACCACGAGCUCUUCCUCUCCUAUCGAGCCUCCUCGGACAGUACAGCCGUCCAGCCGCUCAAAGAGCUGCUCCUCACAGUCUCGGCCCGCCGAUUUGCCCGCCCUCUCAGCAUCUUUUGCGAUUCGGACUGUCUCGUUAACGCCAGCGCCUGGUCGGACGGGCAUUUGCAUGCCUUACCCAGGAGCAAGGUUGCCCUUCUGUUCCUCAGCAAGGCCUCGCUCGAUGCGAUGGUGCAAAGUGCCCUAAAUGGCGAGGACAAUCGACUUUUCCUCGAGAUCCAGGCGGCCUUCAAUAUCGAAAAAAGCAGCUCUGCCCUGUCGGUGCUCCCGUUUUCCAUUGCCACCAAGGAAACCAAGGACGGCUCCGAACACUACGUCGACUUUGAUCCCUUGAGCUACAGCUUCCCCGACGACCCAAAGUUGGACCUGCUCAAGACGGUCAUGGCCGAACUGAAGUCUGUGUACCUGAACCGAUACCGCCCCGAUCGACCCCACAGAUUGCUCUACCGAAUCUUCAGCAUCGUGCAUCCAGUCCAAGUCGACGAAGAAACCACCGACAGACUCAGCACCGUUUUCCGUACCAGCAGCACCCUUGCCGCCGACCCGGCCGCAAUCGACAAUCUCCUGAAGCAGAUAACCCUGACUGGACGAGUGGUGCUCUCGGGAGCCGAGGGAGACGAGCAUAGCAUUCUCGUCCGCCAGUUUUCGCAGUUCAUGAUGGGAAGGCUCGCAGCAAGCAAUAGCGAUGAAAUCGCCCGGCUCCGCCAAGAAACAAUCGGCACAGGCCCUCAGUACAGCAGCGUCUACCAUGUCGACUGCUCAACCGAGGAAGCGGCCAAGAGCAGCUUGAUGGAUGCAUGCCCUGGGGCAAAUCCAGCCACGAUCAAAGAGCAUGCCGCUCGAUUCUUUGCCCAGAGUCGAGGCUAUCUCCUCGUCAUCGACGGUGUCAACGACAUUGCUGUGGCAAAUUCCAUCUUUGAGCGCUCUGGGCAGUCCGGGUUCCGAGGGGAUGUGAUUGUGACUACCAAGCUGCCGACCUUGCCCGACGGAGUGUUUGUAUCUGCCCUCGAGGCCGGCAAUGGUAUCGUCCUGGAGGACCGGCUCCGGCUCGAGCCAUGGACCGACAACACCACGCUGCGUUACAUCCUCUCCGCAUCCCCCAUCAUCGCCAACAAGAUCUCCAGCGACGGGGCCAAGGCGAGCCUCAAGAGCGUCGUCUCCAAGAUCGACGGCUACCCACUGGUUGUGCAGCUAUUUGUUUCGCUUUUCCAGCACAGCGAUAUGCCAAUCGAGGAGAUCGAUCGUCAGUUCUCCGAGGCGCUUGAAGAGUUCCAAAACGAAGGCGAAAUCCGCGCGUCUCUCCGAGCCAUAGCCAGCAUCUCCAUCUCCCAGAUGCUCGAGAAAAAUCAAGGCGCCGAUGCAUGUCGUCUGGCUGGGGCCAUCAGCCUGUUGGCACCUGACGGCAUUGCUCUCCAGCUCAUCCGGGCAAUCGCACAGAAAGCCAAGCUAUCCGCCGACGGCUCGGCUCUUGUCGAACUGCUCGUUCAGUAUGGGCUGCUCCAACCCGAAGUCAACGACAGAUACUCCAUGCACGCGCUGGUGCAGGCUGUUGUCCAUGAUUACGUGUGGGAGCACCCCGAGCUGCUGGCCGAUGCGAUGGUUGACGCCACUGGUGAGGCACUGAUCGAGGUGGUCGAGCCAUUGGAUCGGACGGCCGCUCUCCUCUCCAAACAUCUCGAGCGAUACAUCAAAGUCACGGUCCCUGAGCAAUACACCAAGCCACUGCAUAGUCAGGUCGCUCUGCAGAGUGCACGCUUGGCACUGUCCAAAUCGUACUCUUCGAAGGCCAUCCAGCUGUGCGAGCAGAACAUCGAAAAGUCCACUGCGCUGCACGGCACUCGAAGCCAUGUCGACAUUGCCCAGACGCUCUGCACACUCGCAGCUGUGUUGAAGAAGCAGGGCCGGCUGGAGGAGUCGCUCAAGUCCUACCGCGAGUCUAUCGACAUCUUUACUCAGGUGCAUGGCACCCGCAACCAUCUGGACGUGGCCUCGGUCCUGGCGGCGGCCGGACAAGUGGAAGAAGAGCACAGCCAGUUCAGCGAAGCCCUCGAGUAUUAUCGCCAAGCCGACUCAAUCAUCACGGGGAUCUACACAAGUGAAGACCACCCCGCUGUCAAGAACAUUCGCCAAGCCAUGGAUCGCAUCACAGCGCUCAUAAAGUGAAACAUGACACUGCUUUGGAAUAGAAUACAUAACUAUUCAUCGUCCACAAUGAUCGCGGAGGCGGGGGCAAAGGGGAGACCGCCAGCUGCCGGGGAUCCAAUUGGACGCCACAAUCCAUCAAUUCGCAUACCAACGCAGCCAGAAUGCUGCAUAGGUGUCCUCCGCUCUCGAGCACGGUCAGUUGCAACCGUGG